AUGUCGGACCCCCAGGCGAACGAGGCCGAGAAGAACAUCGAGAUAUGGAAGGUCAAGAAGCUGAUCAAGCGCCUCGAGGCCGCUCGUGGUAACGGCACUUCCAUGAUCUCGCUCAUCAUUCCUCCCAAGGAUCAGAUUUCCCGAGCCGCCAAGAUGUUGGCUGAAGAAUACGGAACUGCGUCAAACAUCAAGUCCAGAGUCAACAGACAGUCCGUGCUUUCAGCCAUUACCUCGACCCAGCAGCGUCUCAAGCUGUACAAUAAGGUCCCUCCCAACGGCUUGGUUGUCUACUGUGGUGAAAUCUUGACCCAGGAAGGCAAGGAGAGAAAGGUCAACAUCGACUUUGAGCCUUUCAAGCCCAUCAACACCUCCCUUUACCUCUGUGACAACAAGUUCCACACAGAGGCUUUGGCCGAGCUUCUCGAGUCGGAUCAGAAGUUUGGUUUCAUUAUUAUGGACGGUAACGGAGCCCUUUUCGGAACCCUUUCCGGAAACACCAGAGAAGUUGUUCACAAGUUCUCUGUCGAUCUUCCCAAGAAGCACGGUCGUGGUGGUCAAUCCGCUCUUCGUUUCGCCCGUCUUCGUGAGGAGAAGCGUCACAACUAUGUCCGCAAGGUUGCCGAGUUGGCCGUCCAGAACUUCAUUACCAAUGACAAGCCCAACGUCGCUGGUCUGAUUUUGGCUGGUUCUGCCGAUUUCAAGACUGAUCUCAACGCUUCCGACCUGUUCGAUAACCGUCUGGCCACCAAGGUCAUCAAGGUUGUUGACGUUUCCUAUGGUGGUGAGAACGGUUUCAACCAGGCUAUCGAGCUUUCUUCCGAGACCCUCGGCAACGUCAAGUUCAUCCAGGAGAAGAAGCUCAUCGGAAAGUACUUCGAGGAGAUCAGCCAGGACACCGGUCGUGUCUGCUACGGUAUUGAGGAUACCCUCAAGGCUCUGGAGUUGGGCGCUGUGGAGGUUCUGAUCGUCUUCGAGAACUUGGAGAUCACCCGCUGGAAGCUCAAGGACAGCCAGGGCACCGAGCACCUGCUGCACACUACCAAGCAGCAGGAAACCGGUGACCGUGCCAUUUUCAUGGACAAGGAGACUGGCCAGGAGAUGGAAGUCGUUACCCAAGAAUCCUUCCUUGAGUGGAUUGCAGAGCACUACAAGGACUUCGGUACCAACCUCGAGUUCGUCUCUGACCGUUCCACCGAGGGCAACCAGUUCGUCAAGGGCUUUGGUGGUAUCGGUGGCAUUCUCCGCUACAAGGUGAACUUCGAGCAGUUGGCUGAGGUUGAUGACGACGAUGACUACUACGACGGUUUGUGA